CCUGGUCGUGUGUGUUUGUACAAUUCUCGGGACGUGAAAUUGAGAGUGAAAAGCAUGGCAGAUGAGCAAGAAAUCAUGUGCAAAUUGGAAAGCAUUAAAGAGAUCAGGAACAAGACUCUGCAGAUGGAGAAGAUCAAGUCACGUUUGAAGGCUGAGUUUGAGGCCCUUGAAUCAGAGGAGAGGCACCUGAAGGAAUAUAAGCAGGAGAUGGACCUGCUGCUACAGGAGAAGAUGGCCCAUGUGGAGGAACUCCGACUGAUCCAUGCUGAUAUCAACGUGAUGGAAAACACCAUCAAACAGUCUGAGAAUGACCUAAAUAAGUUGCUAGAGUCUACCCGGCGGCUACAUGAUGAGUAUAAGCCACUGAAGGAACAUGUUGAUGCCCUACGCAUGACUCUAGGCCUGCAGAGGCUCCCUGACCUAUGUGAAGAGGAGGAGAAGCUCUCCUUGGAUUACUUUGAGAAGCAGAAAGCGGAGUGGCAGACGGAGCCUCAGGAGCCCCCCAUCCCUGAGUCUCUGGCCGCUGCAGCCGCUGCUGCCCAGCAACUCCAAGUGGCUAGAAAGCAGGACACUCGGCAGACAGCCACCUUUAGGCAGCAGCCCCCACCUAUGAAGGCCUGCUUGUCAUGUCAUCAACAAAUUCAUCGAAAUGCACCUAUAUGUCCUCUGUGCAAAGCCAAGAGCCGGUCCCGGAACCCCAAAAAGCCAAAACGGAAGCAGGACGAAUGAAGAAAUGGAGAACACAUAGAGCUCUGCUACCAUAACCCUUCCUCUUGGCCAGAGUGAUUAAUGUCCUGAUUUGAAACCACCCU